GGGCCGGUGAGGAUGGAGCGAUAGGGGGCGGCCGCGGGCCGGCAGAGUAGCGCUGGAGGUUCCAGCAAGGCUUCCGCCUACUCCCGCAGGGCCAGAGCUCGCUGUCCCCGUGCGAGAGCCUGAGCUUGGCUGCUCUUCGGCCCGCCCGCUAGGUCCAAGUACCCCAGUUUGGGGAGCCCUAGGGAACUACAGGUCCCAGCGUGCCCCGCGCCCCGCGCAUGCUCUAGUCCCCGCCCCCGGCAGGUCCCGGCUCCAUCUGGAACACAGGUGUCCGGGUCACAGCUGGAGAGGUGCUGCUUUGACCUCGUCGUGUCCAUCCCAAACGUUUUACCGAUGCCCCCCGGAGGGCAGAGCGGCCCGGACCCUGGCCUGACAGGCUGAGGCCCAGGUGACAGACCACUGCAUCCCACCUCCGUCGGUAUUGCAUUCAGGAUGUCGGGACGCCGGGGGGUCCAAAGAGGGUCUGUGACUUGUCCAAAGUCACACAGCCUCCGCUGCCUGAGGGCCGUCGAGGUGGUGCGGGGGGCGAGUGGGGAGCGGCUAGGAGGCUGACCGUAGAGCGGAGGAGGCACAUAAGAAGGAGGGAAAGUGGGGAAUCCAGUGGCAUUCAUCUUCCUGCGUCGGGCAGGCAGCGCACUCCUGCAGCCUCCGGUUUUCGUCUCUGGACAAUGGGAUGACGGUUCUUGCUUCCUCCGCAGAUGGUGGGGGUACCAGUGAUGAUAGCUGCAAGGGGCGGGGGUGGGGUCAGAAAGGUCCCCCCCCUCAAUGUCACACCCAUAAAGCUCACACAUCCAAGUGCAGACCCAGUCCUAGGAAUUUGGGAAGGUACAGGGCAGGAGGUGCAUACACAGUGAGAGAGCCACUAUUGAUUGAGGUAGGUGGUGUCUUUAUCCCCAAUUUACACCAGAAUAAACUGAGGUUCACAGAGGGACUUCUUCAAGGUCACAGAGCUAAUGAGGCAGAGCCAGGGUUCAAGCCCAGGCAGGCUGGCUUCAGAGGGUCCAUAUUUAACCAUGAAUGUUCUCCUGCUGCCCUAUGGGAUUAUGUGCUGGGCACAUACUAACCCAUCGCCAUCCAGUCUAUUCCGAUUCAUAACAACCCUAUAGGACAGUAGAACUGCCCCAUAGGGUUUCCAAGGAGCCGCUGGUGAAUUCGAACUGCUGAACUUUUGAUUAGCAGCCGAGCUCUUAACCACUGUGCCACCAGGACUCCAGGACAUAUACUAAGUGCUCAGUAAGUCAUCUGUCACUAGUGUUAGCAUUGUGCCACUUUUACAGAUGAAAAAGAAGCCAUGUAACUUACCCAAAGUCUCAAGGCUAGAGCUAGAGAGCUGUGGACCUGAGCUCAGACCUCUACCAAUACCCUCCCCUCCCCCACCUGCACAAACAGUCACUUCUCCUUAGGGGAGGCAAACCUUGGGUCUCAGGUGUGAGGGCAGAUUGUUCAGGCCUGCCCUGAGCAGAGAAGAUUUGGCAAGGUCCUGGCAAUCCCCACCCUGAUGUGUGAGGCUCAGGUCCAGAGUCUGAUGCUCUGUGGUAUCUGGGAGAUCUGAUACCUGAUCCAGCUCUACCAGGCUGUGUUGCGUGUCACUGGGUGGUACCUCAACGUCUCUGUUCCACCAAUUCUGCCCUGGGAAGGCUACUGGGCCCUGCCUCUUUGGAGAAGGGUUUGAGGAGCCUGGGAAGAAAGGAGCAGGGUACUUUCUGACCCUAAGGGAGGGAGGCAGCCUGCUAGUUGUCUAAGGCUCUUGGACAGGUGGGAAACUGGCAGGGCAGGGCCCAAGCAGGAAAUGACGGCCCCGCCCUCCUCUUCCUGCCCAAGCCUGCUGGAGCUAGCUCUCUCCCAUCAGCAAGAGAAGCCUGAGGGAGAAAGCUGGAAUGUAGUAGCAUCAAGUGCUUUGCUCUGGGAGGAACCAGGUCUCCAGUGCCCCUCUGCCGCUUAUCCACCCUGGGUGAUCUUGAGCUACCCAUUAAUCCCUGAGCCUCAGUGGUCUCUUGCCCUGGGGACAUUUGUGCUUUUGAUUAUUGAGCAACCCAUGGGGACCCUGUGUUGACAUUGCAUGAACUCAGCUUAAUUUGAGAUUAGAGUGUGAUCCUAGGUUUGCCUUUGAUGGCUUCAUGAGACAGAGUGAGUCAUAUCCUCUCACCAGGGUUUCCUCCUGUGUACAAUGAGGCAAACAAACACUGCUCCCUAGCUCUUAGGCCACUGCAACGACGAGGGAGGGAUAGAUCAGGAGGAGACUUGCCCGGCCUUGCUGGGUAUCCUAGCACCCCCACUUCUCCACUACCCUCAUGGCAGAUGCCAGGGCAAGCCCCACCCCCCCCCAAACUGGGCCACACUUCCUCGUUCUGGGGUGUGAGAAGGAACUUCUUGAGCUGCUUUCCUCAUCUGUCAAAUGAGGGUAAACAGGACCUGCCUUUAAGGAGGAGACAGGAAAUGGAACUGGGCACACAGUAGGUGUGCAGGCCAUGGUCCCACAUUUGAGCUCCAAAGCAUAAGACUCCGUGAUGAACCUGAAGGGGAAUUUCACAGAAAACUCCAGAUUUCUGGCUUCUCUUGAGAAUUUACAAAGUUUUGUAAAACUUGGCCCCUCCCACUUGUCACAGUGGCCAGCAGGGGAGUGAUUUUAUAUGUGCCCAGGAAGGCUUUUCAGGUAGGGGAUAUGGGCUCUUGGGCUCUGGCACUGGGGGAGUCCUGAAGGACUGUGGGGAUUGAUUGGGGCCUCUCAGAAGUCAUGGCUGCAGACAAGUGAGUGAGAGGGUCAUCCUUGAAAGAAGGCAGGCAGGGUGGGGCAAGAGACACACCCUCAGCCCCUUCCUUGGGCAUUUACCACCCAGUCCUAACCAGGCUCUGGAUCGGACUUUGAGGGCACCACAGGGCUAAGGGGAGCAGUCACUAGCUUUCUGUUGUUGCUGAGGCAAUGUGAUAUUGUCCAGCAGUGUAUGGAGGCAGCCCAGAGCAGGCUGACUACCAAAGGACAGGUCAAGGAAGGCUCAGAGAGGGUGGCCUUUGAGUUGAGCCCCAAAGGUUGAAAGGAUUUUGCCACAGGUGAGAAGGGAGUGUUGAGGACGUUUUAGCGCAGAGAGAAUAACGCAGUCAGAGGCUUGGAGACAUAAAAAGGCAUGACGGUAUUGUGGCUGAAGAGUUGCAGGGGAUGGAGGUGAGGGGGAUUGGUAAGGUAUUCUUACUUGGGCAAGCCACUUCAGGCCUCAGAUCCUCAUAUAUAAAAUGAGACUGGGUAACCCCUAUGGUAAGGAGCCCUGGUGGCACAGUGGUUAAGUGCUCAACUGCUAACCAAAAGGUCUGCUCUUCGAGCCCACCAGCUGCUCCGUGGGAGAAAGAUGGGGCAGUCAGCUUCCAUAGAGAUUACAGCGUUAGAAACCUUAUGAGGUAGUUGUACUCUGCCCUAUAAGGUCACCAUGAGUCAGAAUUGACUCAGUGACUGUGGGUAACCCCUAUGGUGCCUACCUCCCAGUAAUGGUGCACUUAAAACUGCCAAGGCCCCUCAGGCCAGGAGGGGAUUCUUGAGUGAGACACAGUGAUUAUGACAGGGCUGUGUGCAAAUUCAGUGACCUGGGGUAAAGGUCAGGGCAUCUAGCCCUGAACUCAGAGAUAGGGGAGUUCAGUGCAAGUUGGAGACAUCAUGCACAGCUUCCUAUAAGAGGUGAAAUGGGAGCAGACCCUCAAAGGGUAGAGAAGAGGAAUGGAUUGGUAGAAAGGAAGCGAGCAGGUAUCCCAGGCAGGCAGGGAAGCCCCAAAGGAACACCACCAUGGCUGGGGGAGAGGGAGAAGGGGAGGGAAGCCUGAAAGGUUGUGUGUGUGUGGGCGGGUGUUUGUGAAGUGCAGCCCCAAAGGCAGGCUCUAUUCCUAAACAGGCAGGCAAGAGUUGGGCCUACAAAUGUAGGUACCUUCGGAAUGUGGGAAGAGUGAUUAAUUCAGGGCUUCGAAAUGGUUCAGUCACGGCUGACAACCAGAACAGGCCGGAAUUUUUACAAUUUGGGUGAUCUGAAAUGGGGAAAAUUACAGGUCGAAACCCUGGAAUGAGAGACUCAGGAGAGGCACAGUGAGUCCUUUCAGGAGCCUGGUGCAUAAGACUGAAUUGUUGGCAGGACUGUGGAGAGCGACACACAUUCAAAGCAGCGCUGUCAGCUGCCAUCUUUGAGCACGGCACCGCUGUACCAAUUGUGCUUAAAAUCCCAAGGGCAAGAGAUUUGGCUGCUAUGCAAUGAGUACGCUGCCCUUAUUUUCUAAGAGGGAGAUUAGGUUUGUAGGAAGGCUUCGACGUGUAAUUAUUCCCAUUCCGGUUACUGUUGCAGUUCACCCAAAUUGGAAAAAUUCAAGUCUAUUCCUUGGCCAUGAUUGAACCAGGAAGAAUCAGUUGGAAGCCUUGGUUUAAUUGUUUUUACCUGGUGGGGUUAAAUAAAAGGUUGGAAAGGACAUAGGAAGUGAAGGGAAAAUUGAUGAUAAGGAGACAGAGGAGGGCUUCCCCCUAUACACCAUUUGUCCUCAUUCACACAGAGUUUUAACUGUGAUGGAUACAGUUUGGCAUUCAUCCCAGGUAGCAUCUGUGGCACUGGAUCCCAUGUUGCUUAGAGAUCUGCAAACAGCCCAUUAGAUACCAUCUUCAGUGACUGUUGCUGGUGGUACAUCCACAGUGAUACUGAUUGUUGCCAGUCUAAACGACACUGUGAUAAGCAUGUCUGUUCCCUAAAGUUCCUUCUGGAUUGUUUCUAUUGGACAGCUUUCCUAGAGGUAGUUUUCAACUAAAAAUUUCGGUAGGUUAUACUGUACAGGGUUGUUUAAAAAAAAAAGAACAAAUGUAUAAAAGCAUAUACAAUAAAAAAAUCUAUCGUUCUAACCCAGUUUUCCCUUCCAGUUCUCCCUGGGGACACCUGUUAACAAGUAUCCUGUAUACCCUUCCAGAAAUACUCUGUCCAUGUUGUAUAUAUCCGAUUUAAAAAAAAAUUUUUUUUGAUACAUACUGUUACACCCUGUUCAGCAUCUUGUAUUCAAUUUUUACUUUUAAGUUUGGGGUUAUGAAAUAUAUCAAAGUAUAUAGAAAAUGACAAGUGUUGGUGGUGCAGUGGUUAAGAGCUCGGGCCGCUAACCAAAAGGUCAGCAGUUCCAAAUCUACCAGCCGGCUCCCUGGGAACCCUAUGAAGCAGUUCUGUCGUAUAGGGUCGCUGUAAGUCGGAAUCGACUUGAUGGGAGCGAGUUUUUGGGUUUUAUAGACAAUGACACCCCCCACCCCAGUAGCCCACCACGGAGGUUUAACAAAUGUUAAUAUGUUGUGGUGGGCCUUGGAGGUAGCCGUAUGUCAUGCCGCUCCAGCUGCCUCUUUGUGGUGGCUGCAGAGAUAAAGCCCGUUAUUAAUCAUAUGAGUGCAUCACUCUUUACUAGUCUGCCCCCAGCUCCUGGAUAUUUAGGAUAUUACUGAUUUUUUGCUUAUAUGAUCAAUGUGGCGGUAAUACAGCAGUUUAUAUAAUGUCUGCCCGGGGAAUCAUCGAGGCACAGGGGAACUAGGCUUGGCUUUGGUUUGGGUUCAAAUUCCUCCUUGGCCCCACUUAAUAGCCUUGUGACCUGGGACGAAUGACGCCUCUCUAGGUGUUCACGUUCCCCAUCUGGAAACUGGGCGGGCUGUAGUAAUCCCUCCUUCUCACAGCUGCUGGGAACAGUAUAGUCGAAAACGAAAGAUGUGUAAAGGCUUCAUUGGGCGUAGUUCCCGAAUCCCUGGGGCAGGGGCCCUCAGCGGGGACGCCAGCCUUGAACUAGAGCGCCCUGCGACUGCAGCUCACCCUCCAGCUACAAACCGUUCCCCUCCCCUUUCCCCGACCACACCAGGGGCGGGGCGGUUAAAUGUCUCAGUGACGUCAGCGCGCGCAGGACCAAUCCCCCUGCCCAGCAAACGUUUGCCGGUUUGUAUCCGUCGCCCGCCAUUGGUCCGUUGGGCAAUCCGGGCUGGCCCAGCCCUUUAAAGCCGCCGCGUACUAUAAACAAGGAGAUGCUGGGUGGCCGGGCCAUGAUGUCAUCGCAGCACAGCAGCUCUUGGGGCUGACGUCAUCUCCGGGAAGGUGGCCGGCCCAGCGCUGUUAGGGACAUCCUAAGAACUCGGCCGGCUUCAGAAGCCGCCCCUGCCCCGUCAGUGGUGCCUUUGCACUUCAGUGGCCCAGGCGGCGCUCCGUCCCCGAGGAGAGGACCAUGACGCAGUAAGUCUGGACUGCGGAUCUCCGGGCAGGACCCAUUUCUCAGGCAGGGAAACUGAGACUCAGAAGCGAAGUGGUUCGCGAGUUUGCAUAGCAUGUUCGAGUUGGAGCCGAUCGCUUUUGCCCACAUCGGGGUUUCCCCAUCUUUAGGCCAGGCCAUGUGGCCCAGCACCUUGCUUCUAACUAUCGCUGCGGUAACUUUAAGUGCGAAGGUGGGGGCGUGAAGGAGAUUUAAAAAAAAAAAAAUCUGCCUUUCAAGAUGGCGGCCCGUUAGUCACGUGCCCCGUAGCGGCGAGUGAUUGGCUCUCGGAGCCCUUGCGGGGCGGAGCUCUUGGCGCGGGGCGGGGUCGCCGCGGGCUCGCAGCCCGCUACUGUUUGCCGGAGCCUCCCGGCGCGCUCCCGCGAGCCCCCCUCCCACCCGGCGCGCGACCCCGCCGCUUCGAAUGUUGUGAAUCAAAUGUGAGGUUUGUUACAUUCCGCUAUCGCGGCGGACAGUUCUUAAAGGGCCAGCCGCCGGCAGCCGCGAAAACACGGCCGCGUCCUGCUGCGUCUCCCCCUCCCGCUUCCCGAGAGCCUGGGCCGAGAGAGGCGGACCGCGCGUGGGCCUCGCGAAGCAGACGCGGCCGGGCGGACAACAAAGAGAGAGGGCCCCGGAAGAAGCCGGGCUGCCCCCGGACCGGGGGGUGGGGAGGGGAGCACAUUGUUCCGCAGGGCGGGGGCUCUUAAAGGGUCCAGGCAGCCCCCCCCCCCGCCCCCCUGCCCAGCUUGACCGUCCUAGAACGGGAACAAAGGAGUCAACGUGUGGCCGGGCGGCCGAAGGGGUGUGAGCCCCAGCCCAGUCCCUCCACCCCCUGCCACCCCUGAUGCGACCAUGGGCAGUGACAGUGACUAGGUGGCCCCCCUCUGUACCUGUGGGUCAGCGACGAUUCUCCGCAGGGCCCAGCAGCACUUCAGGCCAGCUACGGCACAGCCCCGGCCGUGAGGGCCCCCUGGCCAGCCCACCUGCCCAGGAUGAGCGCUUACCCUCCCAGCAGCUGCCACCCCGACCAGCUCACCUCUCCAUAGAGGAGCGCCGAGCCUCGGCUCCUGCCGGCGGGAGCCCCCGAAUGCUGCACCCAGUCACCCAGCAGAGCCCGUUCAUGGUUGAUCUCCACGACCAGGUGCACCAGGGACCCGUCCCUCUGUCCUACACAGUCACCACCGUGACGACUCAAGGCUUCCCCUUGCCUGCGGGCCAGCACAUCCCUGGCUGCAGUGCCCAGCAGCUCCCAGCAUGCUCCGUGAUGUUCAGCGGACAGCACUACCCCCUCUGCUGCCUCCCACCCCCGCUGAUCCAGGCAUGCACCAUGCAGCAGCUCCCAGUGCCCUACCAGGCCUACCCCCAUCUCAUCUCCAGCGACCACUAUAUCCUGCACCCCCCGCCGCCGGCCCCACCCCCCCAGCCCGCCCACAUGGCGCCCCUUGGGCAGUUCGUGUCACUGCAGACCCAGCACCCGAGAAUGCCGUUGCAACGGCUUGACAGUGAUGUGGACCUGCGAGGGGACCAGCACCCCCUGGGGAGCUUCACCUACUCCGCCUCGGCCCCCGGCCCCAGUCUCUCCCCAUCUGUGCCCCUGCACUACCUGCCACACGAGCCGCUGCCCCAGGAGCUGCCCUUUGGCAUGCCAUAUUCCCACAUGAUGCCACGAAGACUGAACACUCAGAGAUACCGUCUGCAACAGCCGCUGCCGCCGCCGCCCCCACCACCGCCCCCACCACCUUAUUACCCCAGUUUCUUGCCCUACUUCCUCUCGAUGCUGCCAAUGUCUCCCACUGCAGUGGGGCCCACCAUCAGCCUGGAUCUCGAUGUGGAUGAUGUGGAGAUGGAGAACUAUGAGGCCCUCCUGAACCUGGCAGAGCGGCUGGGCGAUGCCAAGCCCCGUGGCCUCACCAAAGCCGACAUCGAGCAGCUCCCGUCCUACCGCUUCAACCCCGACAGCCAUCAGUCAGAGCAGACACUGUGUGUCGUCUGCUUCAGUGACUUCGAGGCACGGCAGCUGCUCCGGGUUCUCCCUUGCAACCAUGAGUUCCACACCAAGUGUGUCGACAAGUGGUUGAAGGCCAACCGGACGUGCCCCAUUUGCCGGGCUGAUGCCUCCGAGGUGCCCAGGGAGGCUGAGUGAGGCCCCGUAGCUGUCCGGGAGAGCCCUGCCCAAAGCUCUGGAAACUCGGGGGGGCAGGACCCCAGGAGGAUGGGAGGGAGUUCCCGAGCCUGCCCCGCCGUCUCCGCCUGCCUGUCCAGAGCUGGUGCCAGGGUCAGCCCCUCUGCAAGAUGCCCCUGCAAUAAGCCCCUGCAUUUGCCAAGCUCCAAAGACUCGUUCCCUGGCCUGCCUGCCUGCCUGCCCGCCACGGAGCUGUCUGAGUACCCUAACUCAGCGUCCAUCCUGUUUGCCUCGGGCCUGUCUCUUCCUUGUUGGCACUGGGAGCCAGUGUCCCUUCCCCCAGUGCAGCUAGUGGAGACCUUGGGUCCCAGUAUGGGCAAAGGGGCUCCCUCCUGGGUCACCUGGUCUCUUGCACUGAAGUGGCAUGCCCUCUGCCCAGGUGGCACUUGCAGGUGCUCGGGCAGGUGGGGCAUGAGACCAUUUUCUGAGCUCCAGGCUGGGUCCUCCCACCUUGUUCUCAGAUAGACUCAGGCAGCCAGCCUGCCCAAGCUGCUGUUCAGGGUGGGUCUGGCUCUGAGGGAACCCUCACCCUGGUCACAACAUGCCAGCACCCACCCCCAGGCUGGAGGGCACAGAGCUCGCCUAACCAGGAGAUAGGAGACAGGCCCUGAGCAGGCAGUGGGCAUCCUGAAGAGGGGUCAAGGCCACGCCAGAGAGUGAUCCCUCUGCUUCUGGUGGCUGCCCUCUGCACCAGUGUCUGGGCCUGACCCCUGCCCAAUCCUCUCCCUCUGUCGUUUUGCAUGAACGUGAGGAGCAGCAGUUUUCUCGUUUAUUCAUUUGGCCCAAAAUCGCGUGUAGGAUUUGGGGGUGUGGAUUUUAAAAACAAUUUUUUUUUCUUUUGGCUUAAUGGGGGGGUAUAGGAACCAUCCAGGACCGAGUGCCCCCCGGGCAGGGAUGCCCGCUGGCUCCACCUGGCCUGCGUGCAUGCGAGCGGCUGGGGCUGGACGGGGCGGGUGGGGGCCUGUGCUCAGCUGAUAACUGCCAUGCACUGUACUGCACACGUCCCCAGAGCCGACCGGGACAGUUCGCUUUUCAGGGCAUUUUCCCCUCCAGCCAGGGCCCACCUCCCUCCUGCCUGGGUGAGUCUCCUCCAGGGAUGUCCCCCGAGGGCAGAGACUUGGGAGGGUGUGGCCCCCUCUCCAGAGUGCCCUUUCCAGCCAGGGCCUUGCCCUGCAAGGCCUGGAGGGGACCCAUGUAGGGUCUGGCUGAGCUCCCCUACUCCCCGGUCCCGAUUCUCUAUCCCCAGCUGGGGUUGCUGCCCUGAACGAACCGCGUGUGGGGCCGGCACAUCCUAGCAGGCAGCCCCUGGCGCCUGCUGCCUCAGGGAUGCUCCAACCACCCUCGUUCUCCCCGCAGCUGCCCUGGCCCCUUGCCCCCACCCAGCCUGCCAUGGGGCACCAUCAGCCUGGCCCCACCCCCAAGGAGAACCCAAAGUCUUACUGUAUAUAACUCCAGGUGACAUUUCUAUAUUUAUAGCAGUGUUGAAAACCCACGUUUUACACAGAACCACCCGCCCUAACCCCCGUCCCUUCCCUACCCUGACAAAAGGUUUGCAGAACCCUUACAGUUCCUGGGGCAGGCGGAAACAGGCUCACGGAGUGUGUCGGCUGCAGCCAUGAUGCCAACGAGCAGCUAUUGGGGGGGGGGGGACACAACAUUUAAAAAAAAAUCAUUAAAAAAAAAGAUUUAUAAAACAAUUAUCUAGGAUGUUUGUGAUUUGCCGACCUUGCUAUAGAUGCCAUGUUACCAAUGAUUUCCUGUGGUGGGGGCUUGUCAUUGUUUACUCUUUGAUUUACCAACUUCUGGCCUAGGCAUGACCAUGGGCACCAUCCCCCAGCCCUGGCUGGGUCCAGCGCCUGUGUCUGUGUUAGAAAGGUUUUAUAUCUAUAUCUGUAGAGAUAUAGAUGGAUAAUUACAUAUGUGUGUAUAUAUAUAUAUGUGUGUGUAUAUAUAUAUAUAUAUGUAAUUUGGGGGGCCCUGUUCCUUGCACAUUUUACAGUUACCUCAUUUUUCCCAUGUAUGUAUUUGAGAAAAUGCUAAUAUAUAGAGAAAAAAAAGGUUCUUAAAGCUUAAAUGUGUGUUUUUUUCAUUCCAUUGGAUUCACAUUGGUUUGUAGCAUUUAACAUAACUAGUAUGUUGUAUUAUAUAUAUGUGUAUACUGAUUGAAAUUUUUAACAGAUUUGUACUUUUUUUAAAAUGAAAGUUGCUAGUUCUGCUUGACCAAGUAGUGCAAUCAUUAUUUUUUUUAAUAUUGUUGCUGAUUUCAGAGGGAUAUUCACUAAUAAAUGUAUGAUGUAUACCGAGUACUGCCCACACUGUCUUUGCCUGGCCUGUGUUCUUUUCGUGGGAAGUUCAGGGAGGGGUGGGGAUGAGGUAGGCAGGAAGGAUUGACCUUGACUGUAGAGGCUUAGGGGAAUCAGUGCCUCUUGUUCAAAAGGGGUCUGUUUGGCCAGUUCAGUGAUUGUUUUUUCCAGGCCAUCUGUUUCACACAGGAAUUGGGGCAAGAUUCUGUUCUCACCUUCCACGCAGGAGACCCAGGUUUGAUUCUUGGCCAAUGCACCUCAUGUGUAGUCACCACCUAUCUUCAGUGGAGGCUUGCAUAUUGCUAUGAUGCUGAACAGGUUUCAGUGGAGCUUCCAGAGUAAGAUGGACUAGGAAGAAAGGCCUGGCAACCUACUUUUGAAAAUCAGCCAGUGAAAACCCUAUGGAUCACAACAGUCCAAUCUGCAGCCUAUCAUGGGGGUAGUGCAGGACCAGGCAGUGUUUCAUUCUGUUGGUGAGUGGUAGGAUGCCAUUUCUGUUUUUUGAGGCAGAAGUCACUGGUCUCCUGCAGUUUCUUCUAGAGUUAGGCUCUGCUUCAAGCCUGAGGAGGAACCUUCAUGAUAGAACUUUGUUUUUAGGCAGCUGGCUGUGUGGCAGCCCUUGGUAACUCUAGCUCAGUUUCCUCUAAAGUAGCAUUAUCUUCAGGGGAAAACUAUUUCCCCCUCAGGAAUUCUAACAGAGUUUCUGGGAUUGAGUCUUGGUAGACCAAUUUGUCCACCCCUGCAUGACUACCCUUAGGGGGAUGGAUGCCAUCACUGGCCAGGCCUACGUUACAUACCCACCCACAGCCCCCUGACGCUGCACAAACUUGCGCCCCUCAUCUCAGGCUUAGUGAGGAUGAAGGGCCCAAGGGCCACCAACAGGGCCAGACUGGUGAUGUAGCUGCAUUCGUCUUAGUCACGAGGGUGUUUGGUGCUGCAGGAACAUCAGCUGGUUUGCUAGUGUGUCAUAAAGCAACAUCUGCAGCAGGAGCAGCGGGCGUGGGUCAAGAUGCCUGGGACCUUGGGUCUGUGGUGCCACUAGCUAGCCUUGGGCAAGGCACUUCUCUGUCAGCCUUUGGGUCAUCUGCAAGAUAGGGAACAGGAUUAGUCAACUGGUUCCUUAAGUGUGCUUCAGAGAAAGUCCUGUGGAAGCAAAAUGGGUUCUGUGCCGAAGAGGCGCUGUGGUCAGGUAAGUUUGACAACUCAUGUUGAAAGUACCCAGGGGCUUAUGUUGCAGGCCUUUUCCUAGAGCCUUGACUGUGCUGAUGUGCAUUGUAAACUUCCCCAGAGUGGCUAUUGAGGGAAGCAUUGCCUGCAUUUGGCUUGUGUGGCCACCUGGGGGCUCUAGUUCCGUUCCUGGGCACACAGGGACUAGACUAGUGGCAAUAACUGAAUUCCUGGAGCCCUAGAGGUCUGAGAAAAAUGUAAGGUAUGGUAGUUGUAGAGCUCUUUUCAGUAUUUCAAAAAGCCUAUGGGAAAGAAAAAUCAUAUGUACGUAUCAAUCGACAUCAAAAAACCGUUUGGCUAUGAGCCACGCAUCAUUGCAAACUUUCUAGUAGCCACAUCAAACAGUAAAAGGAAACCAGUGAAAUUAAUUUUAAUAAUAUAGUUUAUUUAACCCAAUAUAUGCAAACAUUACUUCAACAUGCAAUUUUUUUUUUUUUUUGGUCUUUAAAAUCUUACGUGUGUAAUACAGGGGAGGUCAGCACAACUGGACUAAACCAAAAGCAAAGAAUUUUCCUGAAUAAACUGAAUGCUUCGAAGUCCGCUGUAGCAGGAGCAGGGGUUUGGGGACCAUGAUUUCAGGGAAUAUCUACGUCAAUUGGCAUAAUAAAAUCUAUUAAGAAAACAUUCUGCAUCCCACUUUGAAGAGUGGCGUCUGGGGUCUUCAACGCUAGCAAGCAGCCAUCUAAGAGGCAUCGAUUGGUCUCAACCCACCUGGAUCAAAGGAGAAUGAAGAAAACCAAGGACACAAGGUAAUUAUGAGCCCAAGAGACAGAAAGGGCCACAUGAACCAGAGACUACAUCAGCUUGAGACCAGAAGAACCAUCUAGUGCCCGACCACAACCACUGACUGCCCUGACAGGAAACACAGCAGAGAACCCCUGACGGAGCAGGAGAGCAGUGGGAUGCAGACUGCAAAUUCUCAUAAAAAGACCAGACUUAAUGGUCUUACUGAGACUGGAAGGACCCCAGUGGUCAUCGCCCGCAGGCCUUCUGUUGGCCCAGGACAGGAACCAUUCCUGAACCCAACUCUUAAGACAUGGGUUGGAGAGGGAUGCUGGUGAGGAGUGAGCUUCUUGGAUCAGGUGGACACUUGAGACUAUGUUGGCAUCUCCUGCCUGGAGGGGAGAUGAGAGAGUAGAGGGGGUUAGAAGCUGGCGAAAUGGACACAAAAAGAGAGAGUGGAGGGAGAGAGCAGGCCGUCUAAUUAGGGGGAGAGUAAUUGGGAGUGUGUAGCAAGGUGUAUAAGUUUUUAUGUGAGAGACUGACUUGAUUUGUAAACUUUCACUUAAAGCACGAUAAAAAUUAUUAAAAAAAAAAAAACCCCAUUUGGCAAAA